CCGGCCUCGUCUCUCCCGCGCGCUAAAAGGAGGCGCUCCCAGCCCGCUGCCUCUCCUCUUGCAGCAGAAGCAACGCACGUUUCACCGCCCGCUCCGCCUGCAGGCGACCAUGGCCGGAAAACCGAGGCCGUUUUGGCACGAGGCAUCCCACCAGAUUCUGGCCGGAGGCUCCGCGGGUCUUGUAGAAAUUUGCCUGAUGCACCCCCUCGAUGUGGUGAAAACCAGGUUCCAGAUUCAAAGAGGCAAAACUGAUCCAUCGAGUUACAAGAGCUUGAGGCACAGUUUUAGGACUAUAUUCCAUACAGAGGGUUUGUUUGGUUUCUACAAAGGCAUACUCCCUCCAAUCUUGGCUGAAACACCCAAAAGGGCAGUAAAGUUUUUCACCUUUGAACAAUACAAGAAAUUGCUAGGAAAUGUUUCACUGACACCAGCAUUGACAUUUGCAGUUGCUGGCUUGGGAUCUGGACUAACAGAAGCAGUUGUGGUUAACCCUUUUGAAGUAGUCAAGGUUAGCCUCCAGGCAAAUCGGGAUGCUUUCACAGAGCAACCAUCUACAUUUGCCAAAGCUCAGCAGAUUAUUCGGGCCCAUGGCCUAGGUCUCCAAGGGCUCAACAAGGGGUUAUCUGCUACCUUGGGGCGUCAUGGAGUAUUUAAUAUGGUUUAUUUUGGAUUCUACUUCAAUGUGAAAAACAUAAUUCCUGUCCAUAAGGAUCCAGCCUUGGAGUUUCUGAGGAAAUUUGGAAUCGGACUCAUUUCAGGAACAAUAGCCUCGAUUAUUAACAUCCCUUUUGAUGUUGCGAAAAGUAGGAUUCAAGGACCGCAGCCAGUUCCUGGAGAGAUCAAGUACAGGACCUGUUUUAAAACUAUGGCAACGGUCUAUAAAGAAGAAGGAUUUCUAGCUUUGUACAAAGGCUUGGUUCCUAAAAUCAUGAGGCUAGGCCCAGGUGGUGCAGUGAUGCUUCUGGUUUAUGAGUACACUUAUGGGUGGCUUCAAGAAAACUGGUGAUCAAAACGGCACACCUAAGGCAACAGACUAAUAUAUGUUUUGGUAUCAAGCUGUAAGCAACCCCUUUCCCUCCUUCCGACCCUCAGCAAAAUGGUUUCUCACUCAGCCAUCACUGAAGUUAAUGAACGCUGAUAGCACCAAACUCUUUCCAGGAAUAAAUCCUGAAAUUAUAUUUCAGUAACAGACAAAAAUACAUGCAUCAGUCCAAAAAAAAAAAAAAAAAAAACAUUAUAAAGACAGUAUAUUUUCAAAGAGUAAAAAGUUGGGCUGUCAAGCAAAUUUAUUUUUUAUUAAAUAGCCACCUGCCUUUGCUUGAUUAAACAAUGUAACAUAGAUCUGUACAUUAAAGCUUUAAUUUUGGAUGCAAUCCUAUAGUCACCUUCCUGGGAGUAACUCCGAUUGAAUUGAAUGGGACUUUAUUCUGGUAGACUGACACAGGAUUACACAGUUGGGUACAGUUUUGAAGAAGGAAGUGUUAGGAAACAUAAAAUUCAAUAAACAAAAAUUAUGACUAUCUGUGCUCUUACAUUCACAUCUUUUCCAAUAAGUACCCACUUAUUUACCUGUGUCAGCAAGAUCUGGUUUGGAUUGCUAUUCCCAAAUAAUUUGACUCGUGAUUUGUGCAUUAAUUCGUGUAGAAGAGAAAAGGGCCACAUUUAAUAUUUUCAUUUUAUUUCACACUAUUCCUUCAAUCUAUGGAAGGAUUUGAUCCAGCAGAAUGAUACCACUGGGAUUAAGUGGAGAAAGAUGACUUUUGCCAAUUCCAGCCCCCACACUCAGAGAAAUAUCUUCCAUGGCAUCAUCCACCAUCCUGUUCCAAAGAGUUUCCCAAAUCUUCAGAGCAGACUUUUGGAGGGAUGCUUGCUGCAGUGGGAGGAAUCAACAAAGGGUGCUUCUUCCCUUCCCACUGGUGGAAAUGUCUCCAAACUAGAAUUCCUAAGAAAAAUCUAACAAAGUCUGCUGCCAAACCCAACUGAAAAUUGUGGGAGGAUGUGUGAAAAAGAGAAUUGGCUGGAGGCAAGAGUUAAGCAUCCUCCAAUUUUCCUUUACAGUCCCUCCCCCUUAUUUGUCUAUCCUUGCAUUAGUGUUACUCUCAUAUUUUUCCCUUUAACCUGUACUUGCAUGCUCCUGCUCCAAAUGAACCAAAAUAACCUUCAACUUUGCAAUCCCUAGGUUGGAUCUAAGUUAUGCCUUCUUUUAAUAGAAAGACUGCAUGCAUUGGAUCUAAGUUAUGCCUUCUAAUUAUGGAAAGUCUGCAUGAGCAGAAAGCUUGCUACUCAGUUUUUAUAAGUAAGUGCCUUUCCUCUCACCAUAGUUCACCCCCUUCUCCAAGGGUUCGCCAAGUCCUUUGUGUAGUGUUUGCAGGGGGCCAGCAGGGCUGUGUGGAAGUAGAGAAAUCCACUUCGACCAGCCCAUUGUAUGCAUUCUUGCUAACCUGAGCAGCAAUGUUGACUAUUAUCAAUUUUUUUAAAUGGAUCCACAUUCUGUCAUUGAGUAAACCCAUUGAAAUUGAUAGGACUUAAGUUAGUUAUAAUAUGCAGCCUGGAUCCACCUCAUAGAGUUUUGAAGGCCACAUUAAAAUCUUCACUCUUCAAGUGCAGAGUAGCCUUCUGUGCUGCUGCUUUCGUUAGAUAUGUGAUCUUUCUCUUCUGCAAGGGGAAGGGCUCUGUUUGUGGAAUAUCGCUCCACUUGAUUUUUGGUUCCCCCUUCCACAGCGCAUGACAGUUCACCUCAUUCAGCACAAUGUCCUGGUUCUCUGAAUAGCAUUUUCAGGGGAUUGGAUGAGGUGCUGUGGGGAGGUGAGGGCACUGAAGUGUGUUUCCACCUGUCCAGUUGCAUGUGCCUAAAUGUGGUGCCAAUACACUCUUUUAAUGCAUGAAUCCCGUACUCCCGCUCCUCCGCUAUUUGGACUAAUCCUAGGGGAAUGAGGGCUCAGCACUUUCUCCAAGGUGUCUCUCCUGAUGAGAGUCCCUCCACCCCACAGGGAAGCUGCACUUUGCCACCGGUGCUCCUAUUUCUUGUGCUUUUAAGCAAGAAAAUGGUGCAGAGAAGGGUCAGGAGCUGUGUCCCUCUGGCAGGAAUUGGGAACCUCUGGACAAGGGGCCAAAUAUGUUCCCUAGUGCCUAAUCAGGUACUGCAGAGUUCCUCAGACAGCUGUGCUCCCUUCCCUCCCUAUCACUCACCCUCUGAUUGUGGUUCCCAAUGCCUUGUGCAGUUUUUUCCCCAUUCUCAAGUGCUGAAAUGCCCCACCAAAAUUUGAUUAACUGGCAGCACAAGCUUUAAAUGAAAAUACGCUGCUUUUGCCUUCAGUGCCACUCCCCACUGUAAUGUAGCACCAAAGAACUCCUGCUAAGCAAGCAUGGGCUUCCAUCACAAUGUAACCUUUAGCUUACUUUAAUGUGCAGUUU